ACUUAUUACAGUUUAAUGAGAGAGUCCGCGAAUUUUGGGUGUGAAACCAAUAGUGAUACGAGUUGAUCCAAGAUGAAAACUCAAAAAUUAAACGGCGAUAAUUUGGAUGAGUCAAAACAAAUCAUGUGCAAUAACAUGUUAAAAGACAAUUUUGAAAAAAAAUACGUUCUUUUGUGGGGUUGUAGAAGGGUUCUAUGGUAGACCAUGGACAGCAGAACAGAGAAGAGAUUUGUUUGAGAAGAUGAAAAGAUGGGGAAUGAACACCUACAUGUAUGCUCCAAAAGAUGAUUUUAAACAUAGAGCUUACUGGAGAGAACUAUAUACUGUAGAAGAAGCAGAAUACCUAACAGGGCUUAUCCAAGCUGCAAAGGAAAAUGGUGUCAUUUUUAUUUAUGCCUUAUCUCCUGGACUGGAUAUAGGAUACUCAAACCCGAAGGAAGUUGCUUGUCUGAAAAGGAAACUUGAACAGGUUGCACAGUUUGGUUGCAAUGCAUUUGCUCUGUUGUUUGACGACAUUGAGCCAGACAUAAGUGAAGCUGAUAAGGAACUGUUUCAGUCAUUUGGUCAUGCGCAAGUGUCUGUGACGAAUGAAGUAUAUCAACACUUGUCUCAGCCCAUGUUUCUUUUUUGUCCAACAGAAUAUAGUGCCUCUAGAGCUGUUCCUGAUGUACGAAAUUCAGAGUACCUUAACACCAUUGGCAGUAAGCUAAUGCCAGGGAUUCAUAUACUGUGGACAGGACCAAAAGUCAUUUCAAAAGUAAUCAGCAUUGAAUCAAUCUUGGAGUUGUCAGAAGUGCUGAAGAGACCACCAAUAAUAUGGGAUAAUCUUCAUGCAAAUGAUUAUGACCAGAAGAGAGUUUUUCUUGGCCCCUAUAGUGGUCGGUCAACUGAUCUUAUUCCAAAUCUUCAUGGAGUAUUGACAAAUCCUAAUUGUGAAUAUGAAACAAACUUUAUUCCCAUUCAGACUUUAGCUAUGUGGAGUAAAUGUAAUCAGGAUGGAAAAAGAGAGCUAUCAACAAAUGAUUCUGUAUCAGCUGAUAUCAAGUUGGAAACUGAGAAUGAAAAUGGAUCAGUUGAAGAUGUACCAUCUCACCUUUCUCCUGAUACCUAUCAUCCAUCUCAAGCACUUAAGGUCGCUAUAAAAGAGUGGCUGAAUGAAUUUUAUGUUUCUAAAAAUGCUUAUGGCAGAGUUGUGCCUGGUCCAUUUCUGCCAUCUCCUGUCCCAUCAUGCCCACCUUGUCCUCCAUCCACUUUAGUGAAUCCUUGCCCACCAACUCCAACCAUUAAUACUUGUGUUGGAGUAACUAUGACUACUAGUGUUCCUUGUCAGCAAGUACCAUUUGGUGGAAACCCCAGUAAUCCACUUGAAGGAGAUCCUUCUGCCUUUCAACCCUUAACCAACGACCUCAUGAACUCACUGGUUUCUGGAAACUUACCUCCAUUACUUCAGGCAGACACCAAGAAUGAUGUAAUCCUUGAACCCAUGGACUGUAAUCCAUCUCCUAGAUCUUCUGAAUGCAUGCAGGAGCGGAUAACAGAAAAAGACAAGCAAGAGCCUGAAAAUAUUGUUACUUCAACAGUAUGUACCAAAGACAGUGGAAAGCCAGUGGAUGGCACUGAAGAAAUGAUAACAGAAUCAACAGACAUAAGCAACUCUAGAAAAGAAGAGGAAGUUAAGCAGCUAACCAAGGAUGAUGUCUCUCUCUUAGUAGACCUAUUCUAUUUACCAUUUGGACAUGGAAGCCAUGGGUUGCAGCUUCUACAGGAAUUUUUCUUUCUUAAAACCAAUGGACAUAUUGUUUCUGAACACAGAAAGAAGAGUCAUGAUAAACCACAAACUCCUGAAAUAGAAGAAUGGUAUCAGCGAGCUGCUAAGUUUGAUGAUAUGACCAAGAAUCUAUCUAGACUGUUGAUGAGACUUACAUUUAUCCCAAACAGAUCACUCCUUUAUGACCUUUAUCCUUACUUGUGGGAUAUAAAAGGAGUGGUCUCAUUGUUGAAUUCUUACCUAAAGUGGCUCGCCCUUGGAAGAGUACCCCCAGCAGUGCCAGGUUUCAUUCCUCCAACAUGUACAUGGUUUUCCAAAGGUUAUAAAGAAGCAUUCAUGAGUGGUGAUCAAGAACCAUGGUUAUUCAGAGGGGGCCUUACAGCUGAAUUACAAAGAUUGCUGCCACUUGAGAGUGUUACAGACUUGUUUUUGUACAAACCACCAGAACCUCCUAGUGCCAAAGUGUACACUAUACGUCCAUAUCUGACAAGCGAUGAGGCAGCUGUCUAUGAAGUGUGUCGAAAAACGUGUGAUGAUGGGCUGGAUGGAAGUGAUGUAUUCCCUGAUUCUCCUGAUCUUAUUGGUGGGAAGCUUGUUGGAGCAUUCCUUUGUAUAAGUCCAGAAUACUGCUUUGUGGUAGAAGAUGAAGAUGGAGUUUGUGGCUAUGCCCUAGCUGCUUUAGAUGCUCAACAAUUCCUUAAGAAGACUGAAAUUGCUUGGAUUCCAGAGCUGUGUAGGAAAUACCCAAAACCAAAGAAGGAAGAUGGAAAUAUGCUAACUCCUGCUGAGGAGAUCAUCAGUGGUUUUCACAACUACAAAACCAGUGUGCCAGAUUUAGUGUUCAAACAUCAUCCUUCAACUUUAAGAAUGAGUCUUCUUCCCACUGUUACAGAUUCAAGUUUACCAAAAAGGCUUUUAGCAUGUGUCUUCUCAGCCCUGAAAGCCAAUGGUUCUCAUGGAGUCUACUGUGAAGUUACUGUAGGUGACAAAAACAUAAUGGAUUUCUAUUUUAAGUUGGGCUUUUUGGAAAUUGCUCUUCAAGGAACUUCUGAUGAUGAAAUAUAUUUAGGAAGAAUAUUUUAACUUCUUUCUGUAAUUUCCACUUGUUAUUGCUUUGUUUUAAGAAGCUUAUGGUGUAAGUGCUAUGCAUUACACUUGUAUAUUUAUAAAGCUAAAGGCCAUAUACAAAUAACUGGAUCUAGGGCACAAUAUAUUCAAUAGUUUGUGCAGAAAGAUAAACUUUUUAUCUUUCUGCUAUAUUAGAAACCUAUCGUUGUACUGCAUAUUAUAAAUUUAAACAGCUUGUAUAUAUUUUAAAAUGUGAAAAAUACCUUAAAUUUGUUUUAUGUCAGAGAAUCAGUAUUUCUAUAUGGCCAUCUGUAUACAUGUAAAGUGAAUUUAUGUAUUUGAAAAUAAAAAUAUGGGUUAAAAUGUU